GAUUACUAUGGACUCAAUCCAACACAACCAAUCAAAACUUUCGCUUUCCACAAAUUCACGAGACUAAAUCCAUACUAUCCAACUUUUCCAUGGAAAAUAAUGGAUUAUAAUAAAAUUUAAAAAGUAGCAAAUUCCAAAAAAUAAGGGAUGAUUAGGCAGCGAAAAUGACAAGUGGACCAUACAAAAAUCCAUUUGAUUAAGAGGCUGACCAAUCAAAACACUAACAAGAGGAUCAUCUUGAUGAGCUCGACCAAUAAGAAUCGAGAUAAGACCUCUCCAUGGCCCUCAUGGGUCUCAUAAACAACAAAAAGUGCAUCAAAAUUUAAUUGUAAUCAUACUCCCAAAAAGGUUCACAUCGUGUGGGACAUAUACAAGACUACAACACCUCUAAAAUUAACCUUUCGUUGCCUCAUAAAAACAAAAGGUAGUCUCCCUUUUUAUAGCCACUUCUCAAUAACUGUAACCUUUGAAGAGAUAACUCAUAGUUCGAUAAACAUUCUUUUUGCAAGUGAGACUUGACAACUAGUUUUUACUCAAAGUAAGGGUUUCUAGUUCUCGUUGCUGGUGAAAAGAUAAGCCGAGUUACAACAUGAUGAAAAAUUCGGCUAAUGUGGUCGGAGGAAAGACGGCGAGGGCAUGCGACAGCUGCCUGAAGAGGCGAGCGCGUUGGUAUUGCGCAGCUGAUGAUGCUUUCCUUUGCCAUUCUUGUGACGGUUCGAUCCACUCAGCCAACCCACUUGCCCGCAGGCACGAGAGGGUUCUCUUAAAAUCGGCUAGCCCCGGAAAGCAACGCCACGACUCCUCCUCACCACCUCAUCCACCCACAUGGCAUCAGGGCUUUACACGUAAAGCUCGGACGCGACGCGGGGGGAAGAAGAGCCACACGAUGAUUUUCCAUGAUCUUGUGCCGGAGAUGAGCUCAGAGGAUCAGAGCUUUGAGGUGGAAGAGCAGCUCAUCUUUGAGGUGCCGGUGUUGAACCCAAUGUGUCAUGAAAAAUGCCUUAACGAAUCUAUGGAGACAAAGAUCGAGCUACCGUUGAUGUCCAUGUGUUUCAAGGGCAGCGACGAAGAAGAUGACAACGCUGAAAGCUGUCUGAAUGGUUUGUUCCCGACCGACACGGAACUGGCUCAGUUCUCAGCUGAUGUGGAGAUUCUCCUCGGUGGAGGGACGGAUAGGGAAUACAAUAUGGAAGAGCUAGGGUUAGGUGAGAUGCUCAAGGUCGAAAAAGAGGAGGUGGAGGAAGAGGAAGAAGUAGCCACAAUAGAAGUGUGUGAUCUAGAUGCCGCUGAUGAGAUUACACCAUUUGUAAUAAGUUUUGAGUACGAGUACUCACAAAAAACGAAUCUCGAAGAAGAAGAUGAGAAACAAGAUGUGGAGAAUAAUAUGAUAGACGUGGGAGUGAAUGAGAUGAGUUGUUCGAUUAAGGAAGAGAAGAAUGAGAAGGUUCAUAUGCUUAGGUUGGAUUACGAGUCGGUGAUUUCCACUUGGGGAGGUCAAGGAACACCAUGGACCGCCCGGGAGACACCUCAAAUAGACCUCAACAUGCUCUGUUGCCCAACCGAUUCCAUGGUUGAAAGUGGAGGAGAGGCUCAUCAUCACAACUACGUUCGCGGCCUAGGGUUACACAUGGGAGAGGCUGGUAGAGAAGCAAGAGUUUCAAGAUACCGAGAGAAAAGAAGGACAAGGUUGUUCUCCAAGAAGAUAAGGUAUGAGGUACGUAAAUUGAAUGCUGAGAAAAGGCCUCGAAUGAAAGGAAGGUUCGUGAAGAGAUCUUCAAUUGCUGCUGCUCACUAAGAAGAACUUUAGUGAUUAAUCAUAGAUAUUCACUCAGCGCCUUUCUUACUUCUUUGUUGUUUUAUUUUACUGCAAUGUUGAAAAUUAAUUUUGCACGUUUUGUGAGCUAUGUAUGUAAUAUAUUUUAUAUAUAUGACACCAAAAAAAUUAAUUAUC